GGAAUAUCUUGACAGUUUCCAAGCCCGCUGGCCCCGCGUAAACAGGGGUUCGUCUCAUUCUCGGCAUCCGGGGAAGGAAUUCCAUCUUUUGGAAUCUUGCAUAUCAAGAUCUCUCUCACUUCUUCCUCUCUUUUGCUUUCAACACAGCUUCAGUCCAGAAAAUUCAGAAUAGGUAGUCCCACCAAUACGGAGCCAUGGCGGAACCGUCAGUCAUCAAUGUCGAGUACAAGGGCCGACUGGCCAUCAUCACCAUCAACAACGAAAAGAAACUCAAUGCCCUCACCCAGAUGCAAUACUACGAUCUGGCUCAACGGCUACGCGAGGUCGCGACCCACGACGAGGUCUACAUUACCCUGAUCAUUGGCACCGGCCGUUACUUUUCUGCUGGUGCCGACGUCUCCAUCUCCAGAUCGAACGUCGCCCCCUCCGAAGGCCUCUCCUCUCAAGACGCCAUCCACAACCACUGGCUCCGCAACUUCGUCGCCAACAACCUCAACAUCACCCAGGCCUUUUAUACGCACCCCAAGAUUCUGAUCGUCGGUCUCAAUGGGCCCGUCAUCGGCCUCUCCGCCGCUUUGGUUUCCUUCGCCGACUUCAUCUACUGCGUCCCCUCCACUUUCCUGCUCACCCCCUUCUCCUCGCUCGGUCUAGUAACCGAAGGAGGCGCCUCCCGCGGUCUUGUCCAGCGAUUGGGUCUACCCAAGGCUAACGAGGCGCUGAUUAUGAGUAAGAAAAUUACAAAGGAGGAGCUGGUGCAGACCGGGUUUGUGACCAAGUGCUUUGAGGAGGUCGGAAAGGGAGAGACGGAAAAGUUUAAGGGGUUGGUGUUAAAGGAAAUUGAGGAAAGGUUGGGCGAUCAUUUGGUCGGAGAUAGUUUGUUAGGGAUCAAGAGCCUGAUUAGAAGGCCCGAGAGGGAUGUGUAUGAUGCGCAGAAUGUGGCGGAGGUGAUGGCGGGGUUGGACAGGUUUGUUAGUGGAGUGCCGCAGGGGGAGUUUGAGAAAAUUGCGAGCGGGAAGAAGAGGCAUAAGCUUUAAAAGGGGGGGAUUGUGUAGGCUCGUGAGUGGAAAAGAGGAUGAUGAGGGAAUUGGUUGUAUAUCUCAUUUUGCAACAAUGUAAGAGCCUUGAUCCAAGUUGUAUGAUCCAGA